CAUGUGGUGAAUGUGUAAAGAGAGAUGCACAUUGCACAAAUACCUUAUACCUACCAGUCCUAUUUUGCUUCAUGUGACUUUUUUUGGGAGAGGAAGGAAAGAAAAGUGGUUGUUGGUUGCUUCCAUUCUCAGCAAAAAAAAAUAUAAAUAGAACUAAAACUUAGAAAGCUCUUUCCGUUACUUCUAUUAACUCUACUUUCAACAUUCUAUAUACACGUACUACCCACCACCAUCUUCAUUAGUAUAGAAAAAUGAUGAAAAUGGGAGGGAUUAUUGUUGUGAUGGCGGUGGCUAUGAUGAGCAUGGAUGUGGCAACAAGUGAGGUGCAUCAUGUGGUGGGAGGAGAUCAUGGGUGGGAUCCAAACUCAGAUAUCUUAUCUUGGUCUUCUGGCAGGGUCUUUAGGGUUGGAGACCAAAUAUGGUUUGCGUACUCAGCAGCACAAGGAUUAGUUGCAGAGUUAAAAAGCAGAGAAGAAUAUGAAUCUUGCAAUAUGAGCAACCCUAUCAAGAUGUACACUGAAGGUUUACAUACAAUCCCACUUGAGAAGGAAGGAAUAAGAUACUUUGUGAGUAGUGACUCUGAGAAUUGCAAGAAUGGUCUCAAACUCAAUGUUGAGGUUCAACCUAAGGACUCACCUUUACAUGCCUUACCCAUCACUCAAACUGCUGUGGCUGAUGGCCCCACUUCUCCUUCUGGUUCGACCCGUUAUGGUCACAAUGUAAUUCUUUCAUUAUUGUUAUGUGCCAUUAUGGUCCUUGCUUAUUGAUAUAAGACUAAAUUUAAGGAGGAUAAUUAGUUCUAUACUUCUAUCAUUUAUGUAUGACAUAUUUGAAGACGAAAUAUUGAUGAGUUCUUUAGAUAAGGUGUUGUAAGCAAAGCAUGUUUAAGUGUAGAUUUGGUUUUACUCUGGCCAGUUUGUGUUGUUGCGUUUGAUUUGAAGUAUUUUGCAUUUGGGUUAGUUUUCUUUUUUAGCACUUCAACCAUAGACAACAGAACAAAAAAAAAUUGGUGUUUUGGAA